AUGAUAUCAAGCAGUUUUGCGUGUUCACGGCCUGUGGCGCCUGGGAGCGCGGUGCCGGGUGCGAUCGCAUCCGGGGUUUCCUAUCUUCGCUCCACCUCCCGCCCGCUGCGGAGCGCCUGUUGGAUGGAGCUCGCCGUCUUUUCGGGUUUCCCCAAGGUCCCCUCUCUCGCCGGGCAGCGCCUACAGGACGGCGAGGAGCUCCUUACCGCCACCCACGGCGCCGGGGAGCCGAUUACGCGGAUUCGACUGGCUUUUGAGCUCUUCGACGAUGAAUGCCCAGUCACCUGCGAGAAUUUUCGCCGGCUUUGCGCCUACAACAACACGUCUGUAUUCGAUAAAAGGACAACGGAGGUGGAGGGCGAAGCCGAUCGCUUCGCCGAGCUCCGCGUCGUCGGUCGCACUCGACGCGCUCGGCCGUAUUAUUACUAUUAUAAAGACCUCGUCCCAUCCUACCGUGGGACUUUUUUUCACAAAAUCAUCCCAAACUUCUGCGCGCAGGGUGGGGAUAUCACAAUCCAGCUCGCCCCCGGUGGGGCGAAUCACUUUAACGGCGGCGGGCGCGUUUCCGGCUGGUUUCCCGAUGAAUCCAAUAAGCGGCGCUUUAACGAGGUCGGUCUGCUCGGCAUGGCGAAUAACGGCCCGAAUAGCAAUGGCACACAGUUCUUUAUCACCACGUGUUCGAACCAGGAGCAGGCCUUUAACGAGCGCCACGUCUGCUUCGGACGAGUCCUGCAGGGGAUGGAGUCCUUUCUCGACAUCGUCGCCUUGUCCGGCAAUCCUGAGGGUAACCCCUCGCGCUACGUGGUCGUGGUAGAUUGCGGGGAAGGGGAUCUCACCAUUUCCGCUUGA